AUGAUUUGCAUCUACAUGAUCUUCACUGCGCUGGGAACAGCAGCUUCGGCUAAAGGGUCAAUUGAAUGCAAUUUCUCUGAACCCACCGGAACUCUGUGUUUUGGAGCAGAGGGACAGAUGCUGACUUUUCAUCUGCCACAUGGAGAUAUCAGACUAAAAAAGAAUAAUUCUCUUAUUUUAAAAGCCAAAGACCACACAGGGACUUUGUAUGAGGAACAUGUGAAUCAGUCUGAACUCUUCACCAAUGGAACAUUCAAAUUAGGCAAAGCAAUGAAGAGACACUCAGGAGAUUACUUGUUGGAAAUAUAUGAGUCUGAUGGAGUUCUGGUGAAAAAACUCAUAAAGCACCUAGAAAUACAAGCUCCAGUGUCAAAGCCUGCUGUGUCUCAGACGUGUCUGUCACCAGAACAGAUGAUCAUCAGCUGCUCCUCUGAGGGAGAUGAAGUAGAGUUCACUUUGACCUUGGAUGGUCUCUUACUGGUGCAGACCAGAAACCACAGCCAGUCCCAGACAAACUGGACAGCAAACAUGAAGCCACUGGCUGGGAGUGCAGCUGAACACAAAGCCAGCAGUUCAAAUGUUACCAUCAGCUUACAUGGUCAAGUGACAGGAAGCUUGAAGUGUCAUGUUGGGAACAAAGUCAGCAGAGACGAAACAAUCUUUCACCUGACAAGCUGUGAAGAUUUUUCUUCGUCUUCUCUUUUGAUUGUGGCUGUGAUAGCAACUGUUGUCACUCUCCUUCUGCUAUCGGCUGUGUGUCUUGGUAUAAAACAUCUUCGUAACAAACUGCAACCCACGACUGUGGAUGAGGGUAACUCUGAAGACAGAGUUGUCUACACAGAAGUGAGAGUGUUACGAAAAUCCAAGAGUGACAGACUCAACCAAGAUCAGAAUGCAACAUAACUUUGUUCGAAAACAUUAUAAAGAGCUCUAAUUUCAAGCCAAACUAGCCUUGAGAUAAAUAAAUUAGCGAUUAAGGAUCACUGUGUUUGGGGCUUUAAAGGAAAGUUGAAAACAAUUUCUCCUGUAUUUUUCAGUUCACACACUUGUUUCCAGAUCCACUGUGCACUAUUUUCAUGAUAAACAGAAUUGUUUUUUUUCCUUGAUUUUUCAACUACCGAUUAUGUUUUAAGCAUGUGUGCACUGAUUUGAUAAUAUUUAUGAUUUCCAGCUUUUCCAAACAAAUCAUCAAAUCAAGGUCACUCAGAAAGAAAUGAAAAGGUUAACUCUGUUUUAAAGUUUUCAUAGAGCUAUUUUUUAUGAACUGUCUAUUGCUUUGCAUUGAAUUUGGUUUGUAAGUUCUAUGAUUUCUCUGUUCUCAGAGUUGUAAUGGAGUACAAGAAAUGUGAGAAGCCUUUGUCAAAGAAACUGCACUGUGCUCUUGGUCAAACGUAAUAUAAUGUGUAUGUUCAA